CCACGUUCUCAACUGUUCCCAAGUCAGCCGUCGUUGUCAGUGUUGUUAUUGAACUAAAAACUUGUUCUCUAAAAGCAAAUCGGGCUGUCAGUUGAAUUAAGAACUAAGGCUAAAAGCGCUAGAAGCAUCAAUUUGAAAAUGGCAGAAGAAAAAAUUGCCGUUGACCUUUCCUGUGUCCAGAUCUCGGCCUCGGGCACAGAGGAGGACGACGUUGUUGACCCAUGGAAUGUGACAAGCAAGUCGCAAACAGGCAUCGAUUAUGAAAAACUUAUAAAGCGAUUCGGCAGCUCAAAAAUCGAUGAAGCUGUCAUCGAGAGGUUCGAAAAGUUGACAGGACAACGAGCUCACCCUUUUCUUCGAAGAGGAAUAUUUUUCUCGCACAGAGAUUUAAACACCAUCCUUACGGCCCACGAGCAAAAGAAACCCUUUUACCUGUACACUGGCCGAGGGCCUUCCUCUGCAGCCAUGCACCUUGGGCACCUAAUCCCUUUCAUUUUUACAAAGUGGCUUCAGGAUGUAUUUGAUGUUCCUCUAGUGAUCCAACUGACUGAUGAUGAGAAGACUUUGUGGAAGGAUAUUAAAGUAGAAGAAGCUCUCAAGUUAAGUCAAGAAAAUAUGAAGGACAUAAUUGCUGUUGGCUUUGAUCCAGAGAAGACCUUUAUAUUCUCUGACCUAGACUUCAUUGGGAAAUGCCCAGCUUUUUACCAAAACAUGGUUAGGAUCCAGAAAUGUGUCACUUUCAAUCAAGUGAAAGGAAUUUUUGGCUUCGGCGACAGUGACGUCAUUGGAAAAAUCAGUUUUCCAUCUAUUCAAGCCAGUCCGUCUUUCUCGACAUCGUUUCCAUUCAUCUUUGGAAAUGCCAAGCUGCCUUGUCUCAUUCCUUGUGCAAUCGACCAGGACCCUUACUUCCGUAUGACGCGUGAUGUCGCUCCUCGCAUCGGAAUGCCCAAACCAGCUCUGAUGCAUUCCACCUUCUUUCCUGCGCUGCAGGGUGCCCAAACCAAAAUGUCUGCCAGUGAUGAAAACACUGCAAUCUACCUUGAUGACUCGCCUAAGAAGAUUAAAACCAAGAUCAACAAGUAUGCUUUCUCUGGAGGUUGUGCAACGGUCGAGGAGCACAGGGAGAAGGGAGGCAACUGCGAUGUGGAUAUUUCAUAUCAGUACUUGACCUUCUUUUUGGAAGAUGACGAGAAACUUGCGCAGAUCAAACAGGAUUAUUCAAGUGGGGCAAUGCUCACUGGUGAGCUGAAAAAGGAAUUGAUCACCCUUUUGACUGCUUUGGUUGGAGAACAUCAAAAACGAAGAGCCCAAGUAACACCAGAGGUCAUCCGCCAAUUUACAGAGAUCCGUAAACUUAAAUACAAUUACAGCUGAAUUUGCAGAUUUGCAUUCAUGGAUAGCGAUAAUCUUUCGCUGGCCUUGUUUUAUUCCUCCUUUAAUUGUGCGUCAAUUGGUUGCCUGAUAUUUUGUUUUCAGUCACCAUUUUGCAUUCUUUUGAAUAAAUUAUUGCUCUGAACCUCUUAA